ACUCUACAUGCUUCAGCGUUCAGCACUAUUGGAGUUCACUGAACACUCAAAGGACAAUGAUUGGUUUAAGGAAGCUCUUUAUCAAAAGCUGGUCAUCAGAUGUUCGGUUAGAUGGGAAAACUGCUAUUGUGACUGGAGCAAACUCAGGAAUUGGCAAAGAGACGGCCAAGGACCUCGCUAAGAGGGGAGCGCGAGUGAUCCUGGCCUGCAGAGACAUGGCCAAGGCUGAGCAGGCAGCCAGUGAAAUCAUUCGAGAUGUGGGAGUGGCCUCUGUGGUUCCACACAAACUGGACCUGUCAGAUACCAGAUCAAUCUGUGAAUUUGCGGAGCGCCUUUACAACACUGAAAAAUCUCUGCAUUUCCUGAUCAACAACGCUGGUGUGGCAAUGUGUCCAUAUGCUACAACAGAAGACGGCUUUGAGAUGCAGUUUGGAGUCAAUCAUUUAGGCCACUUCUUCCUCACCUUCCUCCUGAUGGACCUCCUGAAACACUCGGCUCCAUCCAGGGUUAUCAAUGUGUCCUCUUUGGCUCACUCCAUGGGCAAGAUCCACUUCGAAGACCUCAACAGUGAGAAGACAUACCAUCCAGUGAGGGCCUAUGUGCAGAGCAAGCUGGCUAAUGUUCUCUUCAGCAGAGAGCUGGCCAAAAGAGUAGAGGAUUUAGGAGUGACCGUUUGUGCAGUUGACCCGGGGAUGGUGAACACUCCGCUGGUCCGACAUAUGAAGAAGUCCCUCCAGUUCUUUGUGAAGACGUUUGACUUUUUGAUCCGAACUCCCGCAGAGGGAGCAUACACCAGCCUCUACUGUGCCCUGACCCCAGACCUGCUCACUGGGGGCUACUACAGUAACUGUGCGCUGGCACCAUGCUCUAGGGCUGCCAAUGAUGAUGCCGCUGCUGCCAAGCUCUGGGCUGCCAGCUGCUAUCUGCUGGGCAUCCGUUGGAGAUGAAUGAUGUUGUCCAUGCUUGGAGAUAUUGCAUGUUAAACAGUCUCUGUACAAGCUCACUUGAAUCUUCUAUGCAUUUCAAAUAUGAACUUGUAGUCCACGUAACUGUGAACAUGUCAAAGAUGCACUAUUCCUAUAGCUUACUCCACUACUCACUGUCAUAGGAAAGGAAGUUAAGGUGCUAUGCAAUGGAAUGGAAUGAGUUAGAAAUGAUAUAUUCAUGUUGUUUUAUUUUACUGACUGUAAAUCAAUGAUCAUGGCACUGUCUGUAUGUUUGGGGUUUAUUGGCACCACACGCUGAAAUGGCUAAAUAAAUAAACAAAUAUGCUCAAAUGUGAA